AUGUCGGAGGCCCCGGAAUGGUGGCAAGAAUCCGUGACGGCUUUGUUGCAGUUUUGUACCGGCUACAUGGUGUACGACUCGGUUUGUAAUAUUCUGAUUCCCAAAUGGGGGCAUCUCAACCUGGAAGAUCUCCUUUUCUUCGGACACCACCUAAUAACGACCUUUUACAUGACUUCGACACGAGUAUACGCAGCGGGGCACUUUUCCGCCAUGGCCUGCAUGUUUCUCGGGGAAUCCACCAAUCCAUUGCAAAACGGUUACCUCAUUGCCGAAGCCGCCAUGAAGUUGGAUUGCUGCAACGGUGAUCGCAUGGCCUUGUUCUAUACCGUCAUUCAGUUCCUUUUUGCCUCGUGCUAUUGCGUAAUGCGCGCCAUUGUCUGCCCGCUCGUGGCGGUGCACGUGACGUACGACUUUUGGACUUUUGGACGGGCCCACCUACCCAAGACCUUGUUGGCGCUGUGGACGGUGCUCAUUUGGGCCAUUUUGAUCGGUAGUAUUCCGUGGAUUGUGGAUUGUUGGAGUAUGCUCACGCCGUAUUUACCGGAAAGUAUAAGGCAGAGCGUGGGCAGUGAACUGUGA